CAGACCGGAAGCGGAAGUUGUUGGUCGUAUCCAGUAAUGUGCUAGCAUGGAUUGUUAGCUUCUGUUCCGACCAAGCGAGUAAACGAGACCCGAGCAAGGAUGGCAGACGUCGACGAGCUCUCCCAGCUCGAGUUUUUAUCUUUGGUGUCCAAAGUGUGCACGGAGCUCGACAACCAUCUUGGAAUCAGCGACAAAGAUUUAGCUGAAUUCGUCAUUAGCCUCGCGGAAAAAGAACCUACAUUUGACGGCUUUAAAGCUCUCCUGCUGAAAAAUGGCGCCGAAUUCACGGACUCCCUCAUCGGCAACUUGCUCAGGCUUAUUCAGACAAUGAGACCACCGUCCAAAUCGUCCACAAGUAAAGCCUCUGAAGCUCAGAAGCCAAAGUCGGAGAAGGACAAGCUGAAGGAGCUGUUCCCUGCGCUUUGCAGGCCAAACGAAGCACCGCCGAAACUCCUGGACGAAGAAGACGUGAAGGUCGCGUCUGAUGCCAUGAAGGAGCUGGAGAUGUUCAUGCCGAGCGUGAGCGGCAGCGAUUCCAAAAGCGAUCGGAGCCGCACGGAGAAGAGCAGACGUCGCAGUCGGAGCAGAAGCCGGGACCGACACAGACCCCGGGACAGGGACCGGGACCGCAGGAGGCAUCACCGCUCCCGUUCGCGCUCCAGGUCCAGAUCUCGCUCCAGAGACCGCGAUCGCCCCAGAGACCGCGAGCGCUCCAGGAGGCGCGAGCGGUCUUCCCGCUGGAGCGAGCGCUCGCCGAGCCCCCGCAGAGAUCAUCACGACCGAGACUGGAAGGACAAACACGUGGACCGCCCGCCCCCGGAGGAGCCCUCCGUGGGUGACAUCUACAACGGCAAAGUCACCAGCAUCAUGCAGUUCGGAUGCUUUGUCCAACUGGAGGGCCUCAGGAAACGUUGGGAAGGUUUGGUGCACAUUUCGGAGCUGCGACGAGAAGGCCGAGUGGCCAACGUGGCCGACGUGGUCAGCAAAGGGCAAAGAGUCAAGAUCAAAGUCUUGUCCUUCACGGGCUCCAAAACCAGCCUCAGCAUGAAAGAUGUGGACCAGGAGACGGGCGAGGACCUGAACCCCAACAGGCGGAGGAACGUGGGCCCCGACGGCAGCGAGGAGGUGAACAUGAGGAACCCCGACGGGCCCAGCAACCUCAACCUCGGCCCCGCCCGCGAGCUGGAGCAGGAUGACACGCUCGAGAGGAAGAGACUCACCAAGAUAUCGGAUCCAGAAAAAUGGGAGAUCAAGCAGAUGAUCGCCGCCAACGUUUUAUCCAAAGAGGAAUUCCCCGAUUUUGACGAUGAAACGGGGAUCCUUCCCAAAGUGGACGACGAGGAGGAUGAAGACUUGGAAAUCGAGCUGGUGGAAGAGGAGCCGCCGUUCCUGAGAGGACACACCAAACAGAGCAUGGACAUGAGCCCCGUCAAGAUCGUCAAGAAUCCCGACGGUUCGCUGUCCCAGGCGGCCAUGAUGCAGAGCGCUCUGGCCAAAGAGCGCAGGGAGUUGAAGCAAGCGGCGCGCGAGGCCGAGAUGGACUCCAUCCCCAUGGGCCUCAACAAACACUGGGUGGACCCGCUGCCCGACGUUGACGGCAGGCAGAUAGCCGCCAACAUGCGCGGCAUCGGCAUGAUGCCCAACGACAUCCCCGAGUGGAAGAAGCACGCCUUUGGCGGCAACAAGGCGUCGUACGGAAAGAAGACUCAGCUUUCCAUCCUGGAGCAGAGGGAGAGUUUACCCAUCUACAAACUGAAGGAGCAGCUCAUCCAGGCCGUCCACGACAACCAGAUCCUGAUUGUGAUCGGCGAGACGGGCUCCGGGAAGACCACGCAGAUCACGCAGUACCUGGCGGAGGCGGGCUACACCACGCGGGGGAAGAUCGGCUGCACGCAGCCUCGACGCGUGGCCGCCAUGUCCGUCGCUAAGAGGGUCUCCGAGGAGUACGGCUGCUGUCUUGGACAGGAGGUGGGCUACACCAUCCGCUUUGAGGACUGCACCAGCCCCGAGACGGUGAUCAAGUACAUGACGGACGGCAUGCUGCUGAGGGAGUGUCUGAUUGACUCGGAGCUCGGUCAGUACGCCAUCAUCAUGCUGGACGAAGCCCACGAGAGGACCAUCCACACCGACGUCCUCUUUGGGUUGCUCAAGAAGACGGUGCAGAAACGGACGGACAUGAAGCUGAUCGUGACGUCGGCCACGCUGGACGCCGUCAAAUUCUCGCAGUACUUCUACGAGGCGCCCAUCUUCACCAUCCCCGGCAGGACGUACCCGGUGGAGGUGCUCUACACCAAAGAGCCCGAGACCGACUACCUGGACGCCAGCCUCAUCACCGUCAUGCAGAUCCACCUGACCGAGCCCCCUGGCGACAUCCUGGUCUUUCUAACUGGGCAAGAAGAGAUUGACACUGCCUGCGAGAUCCUCUACGAGCGCAUGAAGUCUCUGGGCCCCGACGUCCCCGAACUCAUCAUUCUGCCGGUUUACUCCGCACUGCCGAGUGAAAUGCAGACCAGGAUCUUUGACCCGGCGCCGCCGGGCAGCAGAAAAGUUGUCAUCGCCACCAACAUCGCCGAGACGUCACUGACCAUCGACGGCAUCUACUACGUGGUGGACCCCGGCUUUGUCAAGCAGAAAGUCUACAACUCCAAGACGGGCAUCGACCAGCUGGUGGUGACGCCUAUCUCGCAGGCUCAAGCGAAGCAGAGGGCGGGCCGCGCCGGCCGGACGGGUCCCGGCAAGUGUUACCGCCUCUACACGGAGCGAGCGUACAGGGACGAGAUGUUGACCACCAACGUGCCGGAGAUCCAGAGGACCAACCUGGCCAGCACGGUGCUCUCGCUCAAGGCCAUGGGCAUCAACGACCUGCUCUCUUUCGACUUCAUGGACGCUCCCCCCAUGGAGACGCUGAUCACGGCCAUGGAGCAGCUGUACACGCUGGGCGCGCUGGACGACGAGGGCCUGCUCACGCGACUCGGAAGGAGGAUGGCCGAAUUCCCUCUGGAGCCCAUGCUGUGCAAGAUGUUGAUCAUGUCCGUGCAUCUGGGCUGCAGCGAGGAGAUGCUCACCAUCGUCUCCAUGUUGUCCGUGCAGAACGUCUUCUACAGGCCAAAGGACAAGCAGGCCUUGGCGGACCAGAAGAAGGCCAAGUUCCAUCAGCCCGAGGGCGACCAUCUGACCCUGCUGGCCGUCUACAACUCGUGGAAGAACAACAAGUUCUCCAACCCGUGGUGCUACGAGAACUUCAUCCAGGCUCGCUCGCUCAGGAGAGCGCAGGACAUCCGCAAGCAGAUGUUGGGCAUCAUGGACCGACACAAGUUGGAUGUGGUGUCCUGCGGCAAAGCCACCGUGCGGGUCCAGAAGGCCAUCUGCAGCGGUUUCUUUCGCAACGCCGCCAAGAAGGACCCUCAGGAGGGCUACAGGACCCUCAUUGACCAGCAGGUGGUCUACAUCCACCCUUCCAGUGCUUUGUUCAAUCGACAGCCUGAAUGGGUCGUCUACCACGAGCUGGUGCUGACCACCAAGGAGUACAUGCGCGAGGUGACCACCAUCGACCCGCGCUGGCUGGUGGAGUUUGCGCCCGCCUUCUUCAAGGUGUCCGACCCGACGCGGCUCAGCAAGCAGAAGAAGCAGCAGCGCCUGGAGCCGCUCUACAACCGCUACGAGGAGCCCAACGCCUGGAGGAUCUCCAGAGCCUUCAGGCGACGCUGAGCACUUUUUUGCCAGGGUAGUCGCUGUUUUUUUUUUUUUUAAUUCCCGUCGAAAAAAACAAACGCAAAAAACCCCCCACACGACUGUAAAUUUUACCUUCAUUAUUUUCAACAUUUCAUGUAAAAUGUAUACCAUCCAAAAAUAGUUAAUUUUUCUGUGAAUAGUAAUUUGUGUUCCGGUUCUUGCUCGUCAGUCUAUAAAAAAAAUUGAAUACAACAUGGCCUUAAUGUUUUUUGGGGAAAAGUGGAGGAGUGGGGACAAAUAAUUUACAAUGAUAAAAGAAAUUAUAGAAUCACUUAAGGGUAUUUCAUGUGAAAUGCGCAGGUAGCUUUAAAUAUUUAGUUUUUAAUGAUUUUAGUCCCAUCUAUUUCUUCUUAGCGUUCCGAAAGUUACAUUUAUUCCACCUAUGUGGCCACUAGAGGGCGACGUUAGCGCGGCCGCUUGGUUUCAGUUUAGCGUAGAAGAAGAGUCACUUCCGUGUCAUGACAAACGAGUCCAACCAAAAUGGCAGUGCUGGAUGACCUGAAAUGUUUGGAGUAUUUAUCUUUGGUGUCCAAAGUGUGCACGGAGUUGGAAAACCACCUUGGAAUAAGCGAAAA